AUGGAAACUGAGCAAGCCAUCGUAGCUAAAACUUGUGAUAUGCAAAAGCAGCCAGUUCCUCCAUCGGUGAACGUCAACAAUAUUACCAAUGAAGGCAGUGACUCCACUAACGAACCAGGAAUUAUAAAACAAAUUGGUGGUAUUUGCCCACCAAGUCGUGUCGUUUAUCUCUCCUAUAGAGAGAGCUAUUCUUCAAAUAGCGGACAACAACAUAAUUCGCUUGGUCAUGCGGUCACUAAAACUGCUGCCCAGUGCACUGAUUCUUCUUACUUCUCGGAUGCAUCGUAUCAUGAGACCGAAUGCAGUGACAUUCCUUAUAAGUGUCAAUAUUAA